GAGGAAAAAAGCAAAAUUGGAAUCGCAAUCCGAAGAAGACAACUUGUUUUCUAGCCUUCUGGGAAACGCAAAAAGAGAAAGAAAAAUUAAUUUCUUGCAAUCGAAGGUACCUUUAACCUUCGCCUUCUCUCUUUGGUUUCUUCUCCUUCAAAUCGAAAACCCACUUGCCAACUUCCUUUGGCUGUUCGUCUUCUGAAGUCUGGAGAAAGAGAAGAAACCCUAGUAACAAAGUUUUGGUCUUUUGCUUUAAUGGAUCGCGGUUCUGUGGCUGUUGAGUCCUCGCCGUCAUCAGCGACUGCGCCGAGUACUGCCGUGGCGGCGACGGCGCUUGCUCCCGGGUUCCGAUUUCAUCCGACUGAUGAUGAACUCGUGAGCUAUUACUUGAAGCGAAAGGUUCUGGGUAGACCAGUGCGGUUCGAUGCGAUUGGGGAUGUCGAUAUCUACAAGUACGAGCCUUGGGACUUAGCAGGACAUGAAGUUUUUUGAAGUAUCUCAAGCUUACUCCGGUCUAAUUUUCUCUUCUUCUACGUUGUAUGUAUGUUCCAGUGUUUUCGAGGUUGAAGACAAGGGACCAAGAAUGGUACUUCUACUGCGCGUUAGACAAGAAGUACGGCAACGGCGCCAGAAUGAACCGAUCCACCAACAUAGGCUACUGGAAAGCCACCGGAAAAGACAGAGAAAUCCGCCGCGACGAUCUGAUCCUCGGUAUGAAGAAGACGCUCGUCUUCCACAGCGGGCGUGCCCCUGACGGGCUCCGGACCAACUGGGUCAUGCACGAGUAUCGCCUCGUGGACUAUGAAACCGAAAGCAACGGAAACUUGGUGCAAGAUGCAUAUGUGUUGGUCAAAGUGUUCCACAAGAAGAACAUCGGGCCACCAAGUGCGAACAGAUAUGCGCCGUUCAUUGAAGAGGAGUGGGCUGAUGAUGGAGUAGUUAGAGUCAGGGCAGAGCCGUUACCUUUAGCCAAUGGAAACAACCAGAUGGACCAGUCAGAAAGCAAGGAGCUUAUUAACAUCAACGAAACACCAAGAGAGGUGACUCCAAAGGAUAUGGAAGUUAACCAUCAGGAGAAUGCUCUCAAGCCGCAGGAGAAUAACAACAACAAUAACCAUUGUGAUGAAGAUGAGAAAGCACUCAAACGUGAGCACGCAGAUGGGGUUGAGCGUCCUCCUCCUCCUCCGUUACCUCUCCUUCAAUACAAACGCAGACGCCAAAACGAAUCCAACAACAAAAACUCAAGCAGGACCACACAGGAGUCGUCCACAACAACAACCUUAAUCUCAUCCUCUGCCGCUGCUGCUGCCACCAGCACAGCCAUCUCUGCAUUGCUCGAGUUCUCCCUCAUGGAUAUCUCCGAGAAGAAACCUCUUCACAAGGAAGGUUCUCAUCCUACUCCGCUUCCAUCUCCUGAAGAGAAGAAGCUUAACGAUCUCCAUAAGGAGAUACACGAGAUGUCUGUUGAGAGAGAGACUUUCAAGCUUGAGAUGAUGAGUGCAGAGGCUAUGAUCAGUAUUCUCCAGUCCAGGAUCGAUGCACUUCGCCAGGAGAACGAUGAGCUGAAGAAGAACAGCGAGAAGGGACAAGCAUCGCUCUAAAAAACUAACUCUAGGUUUCUUCUUCUUUGCAUUUUAGCUGUUACAUUAUGAGGUAGCUUCAGUAGACGGAUUGUGAACCGUGUGAAUGGCUGUUGUAAAAUUAUGAUAUUUUCCUUUUUUUUGGGGGGAUGUUAAUGCAUCUUUCUUGAUUCUCUUA